GGCCGAGCGGCAGCGCCCGCACCCCCGGGCGCCCGCCCCGCCGGCAGAGUACUGUAAUUGAAAGUGCAUCUUCUACAUUUGAGGGAAUAUUAAGUUCUUGAUUGAAUGGUGGAUUAAUAAGUAGUAGUCUAAUUCUAAGAGGAAGAAGAUAUCCUGGGAGUUGGGAAGAACUGGAUUUUCACCCUAGUCCAGCAGCUUUGCUGCUCACUUAAACACAGAUGAAUGAAGACCCCAUUUGGAAAAUCACCAGGUCAGCGGUCCAGAGCUGAUGCAGGUCAUGCAGGAGUGUCUGCCAGCAUGAUGAAGAAGAGGACUUCCCACAAAAAACACAGAAACAAUGUGGGACCGAGCAAACCUAUUUCUCAGCCACGGAGAAACAUUGUAGGCUGCAGGAUACAGCAUGGAUGGAAGGAAGGGAAUGGACCUGUAACGCAAUGGAAGGGCACAGUGCUUGAUCAAGUUCCUGUAAAUCCCUCUCUCUAUCUCAUAAAGUAUGAUGGAUUUGACUGUGUGUAUGGACUAGAACUUCACAAAGAUGAAAGAGUUUCAGCACUUGAAGUUCUUCCAGACAGAGUUGCUUCAUCUCGAAUUAGUGAUGCCCACCUGGCAGACACAAUGAUUGGUAAAGCUGUGGAACAUAUGUUUGAGACAGAGGAUGGCUCAAAAGAUGAGUGGAGGGGGAUGGUUUUGGCUCGAGCUCCUAUUAUGAACACGUGGUUUUAUAUUACCUACGAGAAGGAUCCCGUCUUGUACAUGUACCAACUCUUAGAUGAUUAUAAAGAAGGUGACCUUCGCAUUAUGCCUGAUUCAAAUGAUUCACCUCCUGCAGAACGGGAGCCGGGUGAAGUUGUGGACAGCCUGGUAGGCAAACAAGUGGAAUAUGCCAAAGAAGAUGGCUCAAAAAGGACUGGCAUGGUCAUUCAUCAAGUUGAAGCCAAACCAUCUGUCUAUUUCAUCAAGUUUGAUGAUGAUUUCCAUAUUUAUGUCUACGAUUUGGUGAAGACAUCCUAGACGUCAUCAUGAACUUUUGCCAAAUUUGUGGAACUAUUAAAUGUAAAAUUUGUAGACACAAAGACUUGACUGCUUUCCAGUUUAAUGAAAGCUGAAAUGUCCCUGCGAACCCACAAUCUCUGCCAGCAAAACUGUUUCGUUCUGAGUGAUACAAACAUGACACAUUUUGUGUAAAAUAACUCCUUUUCUUGAAGGAAGUCAAUAUGUUUGGGCAGGAGGGAGUUAAAAGCAAAGAACAGCUGCAAAUUCAAGCUGUGUAAAGUUGAUCUAGUAUUGUAAUCAUUAAUCUAAAUUUUUUCAUAGAUUUUUUUUUUCUUCAGCCUUGCACUCACUUGUUCAACUGCCACAUGCAAGUGUAGUUUGAUAUUUGAUACACCUUCUUUUGUAACAUUAAAUUUAAUUUCCUGGA